CACGGCCCCCGCCAGGUCCGCCCCGCCAGCGGCCGCCGACGGUCUGAUGGGGGACAAGGACCCGCAGCGGUCCCCGGGGGACGUGGCCGCCGCUCUGGGCCCCGGCGCCCAGGACAUGGUCGCUGUCCACAUGCUCCGGCUUUAUGAGAAAUACAGCCGAAGGGGCGCGCGGCCGGGAGGGGGAAACACGGUCCGCAGCUUCAGGGCCCGGCUGGAAGUGGUCAACCAGAAGGCCGUGUAUUUCUUCAACCUGACUUCGAUGCAGGACUCGGAAAUGAUCCUCAUGGCCACAUUCCACUUCUACUCGGAGCCGCGCUGGCCCCGGGCGCGUGAGGCACCAUGUAAACAGCGGGCCAAGAACGCAUCCUGCCUCCUGCUGCCCCCAGGCCCCCCGGCACGCCAGCACCUGCUCUUCCGCAGCCUCUCACAGAACACCGCCACGCAGGGGCUGCUCCGCGGGGCCAUGGCCCUGCCACCCCCACCACGGGGCCUGUGGCAGGCCAAGGACAUAUCCCCCAUCGUCAAGGCGGCCCGCCGUGAUGGCGAGCUGCUCCUGUCGGCCCAGCUGGAUUCUGGAGAGAAGGCCCCUGGGGCCUCCCGGCCCAGCCCCCACGCACCCUACAUCCUCAUCUACGCCAACGACCUGGCCAUCUCAGAGCCCAACAGCGUGGCAGUGACACUGCAGAGAUACGACCCCUUCCAGGCUGGGGACCCAGAGCCUGGCGCAGCCCCCAACAACUCUACAGACCCCCGAGUGCGCCGGGCCACACAGGCCACUGGGCCCCUCCAGGACAAUGAGCUGCCAGGGCUGGACGAGCGGCCGGCACACGCGCCCCACGCCCAGCACCACCACAAGCACCAGCUGUGGCCCAGCCCCUUCCGGGCGCUGAAGCCGCGGCCCGGGCGCAAGGACCGCCGGAGGAAGGGCCAGGAUGUGCUCAUGGCCUCCUCGCAGGUGCUGGACUUCGACGAGAAGACAAUGCAGAAAGCCCGGAGGAAGCAGUGGGACGAGCCGCGGGUCUGCUCCCGGAGGUACCUGAAGGUGGACUUCGCGGACAUCGGGUGGAACGAAUGGAUCAUCUCGCCCAAGUCCUUCGACGCCUACUACUGCUCGGGGACCUGCGAGUUCCCCAUGCCCAAGAUCGUCCGCCCGUCCAACCACGCCACCAUCCAGAGCAUCGUCAGGGCCGUGGGCAUCGUCCCGGGCAUCCCAGAGCCUUGCUGCGUUCCCGACAAGAUGAACUCUCUCGGGGUCCUCUUCCUGGAUGAGAACCGGAACGUCGUUCUGAAGGUGUACCCCAACAUGUCUGUGGAGACCUGUGCUUGCCGGUAAGACCGGCCACUCUGGAGUGGGAGAAACCUGUCCCGCCCCGUGCCCAGCAGGACAGCAUUCUCAGAACCUUCUGGAGCGAGCGCUUGACUCAGAAUGCAGCCACAAAGGCAGGGCAGAGCUCCCAGGGAGCCAUGCUGGGUCCCAGAAAGAUCUGUCCCCUGAGGCAUCAUUCUGGGGUCUUUCAUUGCUAGUGACUCAGCCCCCUAAAUGUCGGUCUGAAUCCUCUGAAGGGAUCUGAAUUAGCCCUGGCCUGAUGGUCACCCACCACCUGUCCCCUCUGCCCUCAAGGCCUGAAAACUGGACAUGUCCACAAUGUUGGGUUUUGUAACCAUCAUCUCAUAACCUGGAUAGAAGGCUUCAAACCUGAGAGCUUCACUCCCUUCACAUAGAAAGAAACUCUGUUUAAAUAAUCAGUUUGAAAACACUUGGGACCACAUAGUGAUGCUGGAAAACAGGGCCUAAAUGAUGAUAUCAAUGGCUGUUUUCUUUCCAAAUCCAUUGCAAAAGCUUGUCUACAUACCGUAUACACAUAUAACCAAUUUCGGUUUCUUUUCCUCGAUAUGUAUUUUAUUUUAAAACAGAAAGGAGGGAAUUGACAUCGUUCCCCACAGAGGUGAUCAUCGCUGGUUAAGUGUGCGUUGUUUAAACAUGCUUAUGGAAAUAACACCUACAGUGCUAUGUUGGAAUACUAAAACAUAACCAAGAUUUUAUAUUUUUGUAAAUUAUACUUUCUCUACUGUAGAUGGUGUGUGUUACGUGUUUUUAUGGAAAGCUAAUAAAUUAAAGGGACAGUGCUAUCUUGAAAAA